AUUUGCAGAACUUUGACCUGGAGGCUGGGAGUUCUAACCCCCUAGUUCUGGUUCUAGGCAGCAUAUUCUGUUCUGAACUGCCUGACUUGCUUUUAUUAGCUAAAGGAAGAGCCUGAGGCCAUCGGGAGUCAACGCCCCGUUCUAAAUCCCAGCCUGCCCUGUGGGCUUCCCACACCCCUUCCCAUCCUCUGGGAGCUAGAAAGACCUGUCCAAACAGGGGUUUGGACUACAUCUCCCAGAGUGCCUGGCAGAGUAGUGGCCUCGGUGUGCCGGCUGCACCAGUUGCCGGUGACAAUGCAGCGGACAGCGAGUGUGGUGGCUCUGGGUUUUCGCCUGCAGGCACAACCCUUGGUCCAGAGCCGCCCACUCAGUUGUGUACAGGAUGUGCUCCGCAGGACUCCACUGUAUGACUUCCACCUGGCCCAUGGAGGAAAAAUGGUGGCGUUUGCAGGGUGGAGUCUACCUGUUCAAUACCGGGACAGUCACGUUGUUUCACACCUGCAUACACGCCAGCACUGUUCUCUCUUCGAUGUGUCCCACAUGCUGCAGACCAAGAUAUUUGGUCGUGACCGAGUGAAGCUGAUGGAGAGUAUAGUGGUUGGAGAUAUUGCGGAACUAAAGCCUAACCAGGGCAUACUGUCACUGUUUACCAAUGAAGCUGGAGGCAUCCUAGAUGACUUGAUCGUGACCAAUACUUCGGAGGGGCACCUGUAUGUAGUGUCCAAUGCUGGCUGCUGGGACAAGGACUUAGCUCUCAUGCAGGACAAGGUCAAGGAGUUCCAGAACAGGGGCAGUGAUGUAGGCCUGGAGGUGAUAGAUAAUGCCCUGUUAGCUCUGCAAGGACCUGCUGCAGCACAAGUGCUACAGGCUGGUGUGACAGAUGAUUUGAGGAAACUGCCCUUCAUGACCAGUGCUGUGAUGGAGGUGUUUGGUGUGGCUGGCUGUCGCGUGACCCGCUGUGGCUACACAGGAGAAGAUGGUGUGGAGAUCUCAGUGCCAGCAGUAGGGGCAGUCCACUUGGCAACUGCUCUGCUGAAAAACCCAGAGGUGAAGCUGGCAGGACUAGCAGCUAGAGAUAGCCUGCGCCUGGAGGCAGGCCUCUGUCUGUAUGGGAAUGACAUUGAUGAACAUACUACACCUGUGGAGGGCAGCCUCGGCUGGACACUGGGGAAGCGGCGCCGAACUGCUAUGGACUUCCCAGGAGCCAAAAUCAUUGUGCCCCAGCUGAAGGGCGAGGUGCAGAAGAGACGUGUGGGGUUGAUAUGUGAAGGGGCUCCAAUGAGAGCUCACAGCCCUAUCCUGAGCACAGAAGGCACUGUGAUUGGCACAGUGACCAGUGGCUGCCCUUCACCCAGCCUGAAGAAGAAUGUGGCAAUGGGAUAUGUGCCAUUCAAAUACAGUCGGCCAGGGACACAGCUGCUGGUGGAGGUUCGGCGGAAGCAACAAAUGACAGUGGUUAGCAAAAUGCCCUUUGUGCCCACGAACUACUACACUCUCAAGUGAAGAUGACCCAUGGGAAAGCAGUUCCCUCCAGGAGUCUUGCCCUAGAAGGCAUUCUACAGUGCUUAGUCAGGACAGAAGUAGAACUCACAGGGGAGGGUGGAAGCUGAAUGUGGUCUGAUUAGGGUGGGGAGAGCAUCCCAUCUAUUCUCCUUCCCCACCAAGCUAUCCUAACUUUAGGGCCUGAUUUUUAAAUGACAAAUCACCUUACUUAAUGUCCUAUUUUAGUCUGCAAUCCCACUAACCUUAUUCUGCCAGGGGCUGGCCAGAGAACAAAUGUCUGCCUUUGUGUGGAGGAUACCUGCCCAACCUACCUCACGAUGGUUUCUCUAAUUUCAAAGGGCUAUUACUGUGGGCAGUGUGAGCUUAGGUGCCUUCCACUUUGCUCUCCAUGAAUGCAUACUCUGCCUUUCCUCGGAUAAAAAUGACUCCUGACUCAGUGUCGGGUGAGUUGUUCCUGUGUGCAAACUUAGGGAUGGUUAAGCAAACACAGACUCACCCUUCCACAUUCCCUAGUCAACUCAACCUGCUGUGCAGCAGCAAGACAUGGUAGAUUGGGUACUUGUUGUGAAUAACUAUUUUACUAACUCUUGAAAAAAAAUUAAAGUUUCCUUCUGGGGCUGGAGAGAGGGCUCAGUGGUUAAGAGCACAUGCUGUUCUUCCAGAGGACCCAGGUUCAAUUCCCAGCACCCACACAACAGCUCACAACUGUCUGUGAUCCAGCUCAAGGUGAUUUGACACCCUCACACAGAUAUGAAUGCAUGCAAAACACCAAUGCACACAAAAAUAAAUAAGAAAAUUUUCUUUCUUCCUA